GGCCUCCAGAUCGCUCCCACCACCCAAAAUGCUCUUAUUCUGAAAGUAACUGGGCGUGCCUCUGCGCACAGGCGGACUGGUGAGACGGCGAGCGAGUGCUCCUCCAAAGAAAGUUUGCAGAGAGUGGCGUGCGGUGAGGGCAGAGUUAUCAAACCAACCAGGCGAACGAAGCUUCCUUCACACGCCAACGGAAGAAAUGAAGAGAAGGCUGCAGAAGCGCUAUCUUGUCUUAAUCAUCUGCUACUCCGUAGUAUUAAUUUUCAUUCCCUACAUGCUGGACUACAGCAGCAAGACGCGACAGUUGAAGUCUGCCCUGCAUCGCCAGAGAUGCCCCGAUCUUGUGGGCUCCUUUGGUCUGUGGAAUAUGUUGGAGGGCAAAGGAGUCAACGAAAGCGAGUUUCCCGAGAGCUCCGGCAACCGCAGCAGCAGCAGCGGAAAGACGCACAUCUACCUGCAUGCUACCUGGAGGACGGGGUCCUCGUUUCUCGGGGAGCUUUUCAACCAGCACCCUGACGUGUUCUAUUUGUACGAACCCAUGUGGCACAUGUGGCAGGCACUGUAUCCAGGGGAUGCGGAGAGCCUGCAAGGAGCGCUGCGCGACAUGAUGAGCUCGCUGUUCCGCUGCGACUUCUCCGUUUUACGUCUCUACUCCUCAAACAAGAACCUUACCGCCUCCGGAUUAUUCGGCUGGAAGAAUAACAAGGUAAUCUGCUCGGAGCCCCUGUGCAGUGCGUACCAGCGGGGCGCCAUCGGUCUCAUUGACGGGACGCUCUGCGAGAGGUGCAAAGGGACUGAGUUACAGCGGCUGGAGCAAGAGUGCAAAAAGUACCCGGUGGUGGUGAUCAAGGACGUUCGUGUCUUGGACCUGGGGGUGCUGACGCCCCUCAUGAGAGACCCUGAAUUGAACUUGCAGGUCAUCCAGAUAUUCCGUGACCCUCGGGCAGUGCACAACUCCCGACUAAAGUCCAAGCAAGCCCUCGUCCGCGAGAGCAUCCAGGUGCUUAGGAGCAGGAAACGCGCAGACAAGCGCUUGUUGGUGCCCAGUCGUUCGCAGCGGGCCGAAAGUUACGUCUCUAGUGCCAUGGAGGUGAUCUGCGACAGCUGGCUUGGCGACAUCCUGCUGGUCCGGAGCGCGCCCGACUGGGUGCGGAAGAAUUACUUGAGCUUACGUUACGAAGAUAUGGUUCUCUAUCCCGUACGGGAGUUGCACCGUCUGUAUCACUUCUCUGGCCUCCGGAACGUGCCGGCCAUGGAGGACUUUGUUCUGAACAUGACGCGGGGUGAAGGCUACUCGUCGGAAAAGCCCUUCAUGAUUUCUUCCCGGGACGCCAGAGAGGCCAUUUACGCGUGGAGGGAGAGGCUGAGCACUGAGCAGGUCAACCAGGUCGAGGCUUACUGCCACGAAGUGAUGCGCCUUCUAGCCUACCAACAGAUGAAUGGUGACAAGACGUAACCCUUGGUGACCCGUGCGCAGGGACAGAUCUUGCACAGGAAGGACGGCGAGGUGAUAACCCUCAUUUGGCUGAGAGUGUGAGCAGGCAGACAUUGACUCCAUACUAAAGGAAGGAUCAUCUUCUAAACUGCCCUGAGACACCGUCUCUCUUUCCAUGACCACACUACAUGCUGACAACGAGGGGGGUGCAGCCAGAACAAUAGGAUACUGGGAGCACCGAAGUGCCAGCAAUGAUCCCUUCAUCCCCCAGCCGCCACUAACGGGGAAAUCGACUGACAUGGCUACAAGACUACUGGAAAGGACAAAGAGUAUCGAGAUAAUUGUGUGGCCUUUACUUGUUUGUUUUUCAAUAGAACUGUACUGUCGUCAUUUAGUGCAUCUAUGUGAAGGACCAGUGGUGCACCAGUACCUCUUUGAAAUGUCCUAACCAAUAUUCCCAGUGGCUUCUCAAGAAUGGAUACUUGAAUUGCUACAUGUUUCCUUCACUGUAGUAAUUCUCCAAGUGGUUGCCCCCUCUCUUGGUGCCUUAACUGACGAGUGCCUUUAUGUCUUCUGGGAGGAUUCAAUUCAUGCAAACCCAGGCUCUGUGAAAGGUGCUGUAGAUUAAGACUGAAUACAGGAUGCCUGCUUCAAAAGAAGUCACUUUAACAAUCAUGGCUUCAUUUAUGAAGCCAGAUCUCUUGCACAGCCAGUUGGGGAGGAAACAAAGGAUCGUCAUUCAAAAUGUGAACCAGCUUUCCGAAGCUUUUUAAUUGUUAAUUUUUUUAAAUUGCUUUGAUCUAUCCCCACCUAGCACUGUAGUAAUGAUAAUUCUUUACAUUUAUAUAGCGUUUUGCAAACUCCACACAGGGAGGACCCAGAACAUGAACCCAUGAUCUCCGUAUGUUAGGGUAAGACACCCUUCACACAGUAAAAUCAUUCAAAGCUCAGAAAGAGUUUGAGAACUGUUGUGUUUUCAGUAAUUUUCCAGGCCUCUUUUUGGAACGAUCAAAACAGGAUAAAUGACUGCGAGAGCAGAAAAGACAAAAUGUCCCCACACUCCAUGACUUCACACUAAGUUGGUGGUGUUCACUCUGUCAUAGUUUGUCCUUGUCUUGUGCCCUCACCGAGCACAUUUUUGUCACAUUUGCCAGAUAUUUUUAAUGACUGAAUGAUUCUUUGUGAAGUAGUGGGCAGUAUUUAUUUAAGCUAAAUCACCUUGAGAGAUGAGCAGAAAUGUGUCAAGGUGAAAAGACGAAAAAGAGUUCUGAAAAGCAUGGCUGCUUCAGUGUAUGUUUGGAAAAGAAUAAAUAAGAGAUGGAAAUUCA